GUCAAAAAUCACGUGUUCGAAGUAUUGAAUGUUAAAAUGUACGAAGGGAAUGAUACUGAAAAAUCCGCUCAAGUACCGGAUCACAAGUCGGUCUCGGAAAACUUUGAUUUUAAAACUGGCACGCUUGAAUUAGACGAAACGGUUAACGGUGUGGGUGAACAAAUGUGGCAAAAUAUUAGGUCCUUGGUUAAUAUCAACCACGAUUACUAUCGGUGUUUGACGGACAUUUUAGAUACGAAUAAGUUUAAUAAUCUCGAUAGUAUAAAAGAUCACGUUGGUUCGGUGUUGAAACAAGGAAAGAAGGCGGAAUCCGUCGAGCCCGAUUUAAUUGCCUAUUGCCAUACUAAUUUGGAAAAAAAUCGUCAGGUUACGGAUAAUCAACAUGAAUUAAACAAUGAUUCGAUAACGAAUGACCCGUUCUUAAUCUAUCAUUCGAAAUUGAGUGCACUUCAAAAUGAAUUGACGGAAUCCAAGAAAAGUAAAAAGAUCGCCGAAGGCAAGAUCGCGUCACUAGAAAGGAAAAAUAGAGACUUGUUGAAUAUAUUGAACAGUUACGAAAAUGAAAAUGUCCACAGAGUAUCGCUGGAAAGACACCUCAAGGCCGAACAGAAGAACAACGAAAAAUUACGAGAUAUGAUUACUAAAGAUUUCAAACAGAAAAUACCAUCGUAUAAUAUUUUUUCUUGA